GAUUUUUGUCAAAACUCUGAAAUUAUUAUUGAGUCAUAUAUUCUUUGUUAAUUCCAAUUUAUCGGGUCAAUCCACCCUGCUUCCAAACACCCACACAAAAGCCUAAAAUCAUGUGCUAAGUGGUGGAAAACCCACGCAAAAAUUCCCUCAAAUUCAUUAAUUCAGCAAUAACCGAUUUUUUCCGGAAGUGAAUCACAAAAUGAGUGAAUUUGUCACCACAUAGGAUUGACAAUAAAUCUUCCUCGAUGGGUUCAUGCUUUGGACGAUGUCGCUUCAGCUAUAGGGGUCGCGUGAAUGAUGAGGAAAAUCUCGUGGAGGAGAACAAAGAAGAAGGGAAUAUUUUUAAUAUAUUGAAAUUUAAGAAGCGGAAGCACACAAAAUUUAUGGAAAAUUUCACAAUGCGCCAACAGGGAGAGGCAAGCAACAGCUACAAGCUCCUCAAUAGAGAAGAUGGCCCAAGUACUACACAGCAACGAAAUUUCCCAAAUAUACAACUACAGUGUCUCGAUGCUCACUCCCUGUUGCUCUCAUCGAAAUCCGGCUUCCCAGCCCUUCGGCCCGAUCUCUAUGUGAGUCUCAAUUCCUCCCCGGGUGGGUCUUCUUUGGACCUCGAGUGGGAGCAUGAGUAUUCGACAAACAAUCAUCACAACCCAUGGACGAGUCUUCCAGAAAAUGGCACCGCAGAUGGACUUUCCAGCGAUGAGGAGCACACCUCAUCGUCGGGGAAUUCCAACAAGAAGCAAGCAAAUCAAAAAGACUCACACACCUGCAAAGCAGGAUCAAAGCACUACGCCAACGGGUCAAAGAAUCGUGGCGUGCAUUCGUCAGCAAACACAUGGUCCCACAUUUCAACACCAGAAUCCCUGGAGUGGGAUCAGGAUGAGGAUCAAGAGCUUAAAUCCGAAGAUUCUUUGGACCAAGAAACGCGAGAUCUCCUCUUCCAGAUUGAGCAGCUAAAGAAUCGCGUUCUCAACGAAACUGGCCACUUUGAAUAUGGUCCAAAUGACGUCGAGAGCUGACUGUAACUUCACCCCAUGCGCAUCUUCCAUUCACAAAUCGAUCAGAGGGAAAUUCUCGCUAACUGUGGGUCCCUAAAAUAUUUUAUUUUUUAUUUAAAAUAAUAUUUCUAUUAUAGAGCAAUUAGAGGACUCCUGGGUGAGAUACCCUCGAUUGAUCGAAGGCCUCUCCAUCCACUGCAAUGCGAGCAAAGUGCCUGCCAUACAUUAAAGAAUUUACCGGGCUUAAAAAAAAUCCAUCAUCGUGAAUCACCCCAACAUAGAUUUUAUGUUUGCCUUAAGACAUAUCCCAGGUUCUGUAUUAAAUACAUACACCUCUUAGGGUCUCAAAGAGGCCUUUCUGUUGCCAUUUCAAAUGGAUCUUAUUCUUUUUUUUUUUUAAUUUUUGUGUUGAAUAAAAAUUCUUUUUGUAAUAGGGAAUUUGUAUGACGAUAAUUCUCAUAUCAAUAUAAGUAGAAUCUCUAUUUAAAUAAUGUAUAUUUAUCAAGUGUUUAAGGAAUAAUAAAAUAUAUAUAUGGAUAAAAAA